GGUGACUUUUUUUUUAUCUUCUAAAAAAUAUUUUUUUUUUUUUUUUUUUUUCCUUGUGAAUCGGGUAGAAGAUAGGAGCAAUUAUUUCUUUUUUUGUUCAUUUUUUUUUUGUUUCUACCACAACUUUUUCCGUAAAAAAAUAUGUCUGACACUGAAGCACCCAUGGAAGUUGAUACUCCAAUGACCCCUGAGGAGAUUAAGAAUCAAGCCAAUGAACAAUACAAGGCUGGUAAUUACGAAGAAGCCGUCAACUUGUACACUCAAGCCAUUGAUGCUUCACCCAAGACUUCAACGUAUUACAACAACCGUGCGGCCGCUUUGGUCAUGCAAAAGAAAUACAAGGAUGCUGCCAACGAUUGUCGUACCGCUACGGAAUUAGACCCUCAAAACGCAAAAGCCUUCUUACGUGGUGGCAAAUGUCACUUGAAUUUAGGUCAUCUCGAAGAAGCCGGUCGUCAAUACACCCGUGCCGCAGAAAUCGAUCCUAAAAUCGCUCAACGUGAAUACAAUAACUUGCAACACGUUUACAACUAUAUGGCUCAGGUCAACACCUUUAUGUCAAACAAUCAAUGGGGUCUCGCCCGUAACAGUCUCGACCGUGCUAUCGCUUUUGUCGACGCAGAUCAAUUGCCCGUCAAAUGGAGAGUCAUGCAAGCCGAAUGUGCUUUAGGUGAAAAGAACUACUCUGAAGCCAGUCGCAUUGUCAACUCUUUGGUGCGUAUGAACAGCCAGAACCCAGACGCCUUAUACCUCAGAGCGCGUGUCUUUUACAGCCAAGGUGAAAACGCAAAGACAGCUGCUCACUGUGUGGAAGCAUUGCGUUGUGAUCCCGAUUUCUCAAAGGCCCGCGCCCUUUUAAAAAUGGCUCGUGCCAUUGACAGCCAAAAGGAAGCUGGUAACGCUGCCUUUAAAGCCAAUCAAUUAGAAGAGGCCUAUGAUGCCUAUACUGCUGCUAUGGAAAUCGAUCCAAAGAACGAUCAUAUGAAUUCUCGUCUCUAUUCCAACCGUGCCGCCGUCUUGCAAAAGCAAAAGAAGUUUGAAGAAGCUUUGCUUGAUUGUGAUAAAGCCCUUGAAUUAGACAACGAAUUUUACAAGGUGUACAGUCGACGUGCCGCUUGUUAUAUGGAGACGGAGCAAUAUGAGGAAGCAGUGAGAGAUUAUAAAAAGUUGACUGAAGUAGACGCAUCCAAUAGAGAAUACCACGGCCUCUUACGUAAGGCAGAACUUGAAUUAAAGAAAUCACUUCGUAAGGAUUACUACAAGGUGUUAAAGUUGGAUAAAUCAGCCAGUGAGACAGAAAUCAAAAAAUCCUAUCGUAAACUUGCCUUGCAAUACCAUCCUGAUAAGAACGCCGGUGAUGCUAAAGCAGAAGCUUCAUUUAAGGAAGUGGGUGAAGCUUAUGCUAUUUUGAGUGAUCCCGAAAAGAAGGCACGAUUUGAUUCGGGUGCUGAUUUAGAUGGUGGUAUGGGUAUGGGUGGUGGUGGAGGCUACCCAGGUGGUGUGGAUGUCAAUGAUGUGUUCGCAUCCAUGUUUGGUCAAGCUGGCGGUUUUGGAGGUGGUGGAUUCGGUGGUGGUGGUGGAUUCGGCGGUGGAGGACGUCAACAUCACAGCCACAGUUCAUUCCAUUUCGGAUAAACAAGAAUAUCUCUCUCUCUUUCUUUUUUUUAUAUAUGUACAUAUUAUACAAAGAAAAGAAUUAAAAUUAAACCAUUGUACAAAAUAAUAAAAAAUCCUCUUUAGAACCCCUUCCCUCUCC